AUGGAGGUUGAGUCUGAGAGGACGAAACCUGUUGCUGUGUUCAUGGCCUUCGGUACCAAAGGCGAUGUCUACCCAAUUGCUGCCAUUGCUGUGGCUUUUGCUUGUGACCAGAGACAAUACGACGUCGUUCUAAUCACGCAUUCAGCUCAUGAGAACUUAAGGUGUCACUUGUCUGAAAAACAUGUUUCAUAUCGUCCAAUUUCAUCACCACCUGUUCUCUCUAUCCAUCAGAAACAUGAUCCUACCGGCUCUGUGGAGUUGCCAUUUUCACUGCAGAAAAGGAUGUUUUCUAGCGAACACAGACAAGAAUGUUAUUUGGUAGUUGAAUCCAUAUUUGGAUCUGGCCCAAGCAUGGAGGGUGAUUUUAUUGUGAUAAAUUUCUUUGCUUUGGAAGGCUGGAGUUUUGCGGAACUUUUUCGUGUCCGUUGCAUGGUUGCUGCACCUUAUGUCGUUCCAUACAGUGCACCUUCAUCAUUUGAGCGCCACUUUAAAAAGGAACUUCCACUUUUGUAUAAAUACCUUAAGGAAGCUGACAUCAGCAAGGUUUGUUGGAAAGAUGUGAUUCACUGGAUGUGGCCACUUUUCACUGAAUAUUGGGGAUCCUGGAGGUGUGACAAUUUGAAUAUGAGUCCUUGCCCUUUUACAGAUCCAGUAACAGGUCUACCCACUUGGCACGAUAGGCCUCCAUCUCCCCUUCUUUUGUAUGGAUUUAGCAAAGAAGUUGUUGAGUGCCCUGGUUAUUGGCCAUCAAAAGUUCGGGUUUGUGGCUUUUGGUUUCUCCCCAAUGAAUGGCAGUUUUCAUGUAAGCAGUGCUGUGAAAUUUCAAGGAUUGUUUCUUCAGGGCAUCUUUACACAAAAGAUGAACUGUGUUCAGCCCAUGUUCACUUAGAUUAUUUUCUGAAGACUCCGAUGCCUAUGCCACCUGUUUUCAUUGGCCUAAGCUCUAUUUGUAGCAUGGGAUUUUUAAAAAACCCUCAAGCUUUUCUUCGACUUCUCCAAACGGUCAUGGAGAUAACAGGUUACCGCUUUAUCCUCUUUACAGCGGGCUACAUGCCUUUAGAUACAGCAAUCCGAGCGAUUGUUGCUGAAUCAUCAUCAUAUGCGAUGCACAAACAGUUUAAUGAUGAGUGCCUUUCUCUCUUCAAGGAUCGACUCUUCUGCUUUUCUGGUACCAUACCAUACAAGUGGCUGUUUACUCGAUGUGCGGCUGCAAUUCAUCAUGGGGGAAGUGGCACUACUGCUGCAGCACUACUUGCAGGAAUCCCACAGGUAGUAUGCCCAUUUCUGCUAGAUCAGUUUUAUUGGGCUGAAAGAAUGUUCUGGCUUGGAGUAGCACCAGAACCAUUGAAAAGAAGCCACUUACUUCCAGAAGAAAGUGAUGAAAAAAUAAUCCAAGGAGCAGCGAAUUUGCUAUCCAGGGUCAUACAUGAUGCAUUAUCUCCCGAAAUUAGAGAACACGCUGUAGAAAUUUCUAAGAGAAUAUCUCUUGAGGAUGGAGUCUCAAAUGCUGUUAAAUAUAUCAAGGAAGAGAUUGGUUGUUCAAGCUGA